AUGAAGUUCAGCGCUCCCCUCACAGCCCUGGCUGCGGCCGCUUCCGUAGUCCUGCUUCCAUCAGUGGCGGCACAUGGCCCGGAAAGCAAGGAAGAAGUCAUCAAGUUUCUUGACCAGCAACACUCUGCCUACCACUGUGCACCAGCCAUUGCUGCCAUGACCGCAGCGCGGAAGAGGUCGUGGGCCCAGAAGGUGCUCGGAGGCGACUCAGUCCAGAGCAAGAACUUGUUCAUCGACGGACACUUUGACGAUCUUGGUAUCGACGGCGAGAUCGCCGCCAAGGGCAUCAAGGCACUCGAAGAAAGGGGUAAGCGCAUCAUGGCGUGCGAUCCCGUUGUCGAGAGCAAGAUCCGCAACUCGACUUGUGUCCUAUCGCCCGAGACGACACAAGGCCCCUACUAUCACACUGAGGACCAUCCGAUUCGCGCCAACAUGGCCGAGUGGCAGCUGGGAGUUCACUUCCAGAUGGACGUUGGUGUGAUCGAUGUCGAUACGUGCGAGCCCAUUCCGAACAUCCUCGUCGAUCUCUGGCAUGCCAACGCCACCGGUCACUACUCGGGCCACCCUGACCCUGCACCGCACCUCAAGGACGAGCAGCCGGCGUCGAGCGGUGUGCGAAAGGGUCUUCUCUCUGCUUUCCCGCGUACCAACACAAACGAGCAGUGGCUUCGAGGCGCUCUUCCUACGGAUAGGAACGGCGUCGCACAGUUCACCAGUAUCUUCCCAGGAUACUACACUGGACGAGCCACGCACGUGCACGUCAAGAUUCACAACGACUGGCAAGUGCUUCCCAACGGUACCUUCCGAUCUGGCAGGCUGAUUCACACGGGGCAGUUCUUCUUUGAUGAUGAGCUCAACAUGAUGAUGGACAAGGUCUGGCCGUACAACACCAACCCGAUCGCCGAUCUUCCUGGCCGAGGACGAACGCGCAACUGGGAAGACUCGCUUCAAAUCUUCCAGGUCUCGCAUGAGAACGGCUACUUCCCCACUUUUGAUGUCGAGAAGCUCGGCGGUGUCAUGACCGACGGUCUGAUUGGCUACAUCACUGUUGGUGUUAACCGCUCGGUCAUCGUCGACGAGACGUGGGUGCCCACCACUGGUGGAGGAAAGACCAAGCCUUGGGUUCCUACGGACGCUGCUGCCCCUGCACACGAGGAGCUCUGA